AUGGCCAAGCGUGCCAACAACAUGGCGCGCUACUCCCGAGGCAGCAACGGGCUCACCGCUGAGCGUACAGAGACGAUGCUGGAGGCCGAAAACGAUCGCCAAGUUGACGCACUUCACAGCAAAGUCGCCAUGCUCAAGGACUUGACGAUUGAUAUUGGUGAAGAGGUGCGAUCACAAAACAGCAUGCUGUCCGACAUGGGAGGCUCAUUUGAUGAUGCGGGCUCGCUGCUCGGCAUUUCGAUGCGCAAAGUUGGCAACUUAGCCAACUCCACCAAUGGUCGAAUGCUGUGCUAUCUCGUCGGCUUUGCUGUAACUGUCUUCUGCGUCAUCUGGUACCUCAUGAAGUAG